CCCCUAAUCAUCGCCAUUCUCGAAUUAAAUUACUGAUUACGCAAAAAAGGAACCUAUUUGCCUCCGAACCAACUCUCUUCUUCUCUCCAUCAGAUCCGUUCUUCCUUCCCUCGUUAUCGAACCUAUUAGAUCGCGAGUUGAAGGUUCGGUUACGAGGAGGAAGAAAGGUUAUUCUUUGAUCUGAUUUCACAAAGGAGAGUUUUUGGCUGAUUCAUAAAAACACCAUGGACGUUCCUAGCUCUUGGGAUGCUUUACGCAAACAGGCUAGGAAGAUUGAAGCUCAGCUUGACGAGCAGAUGCAUUCAUAUCGCAGACUCGUUUCCACAAAGGCUCUGAUAAAGUCAGAUGGUGCAGAGAGUGACCUUGAAGCUGGGAUUGACUCACUGCUUAGGCAACUGCAACAAGUUAAUGCUCAGAUGCAAGCUUGGGUUUCUUCAGGUGGUUCAGAGAUGGUCUCUCAUACUUUAACUCGUCAUCAGGAGAUCCUUCAGGAUCUGACACAGGAGUUUUAUCGACACCGAUCAAGUCUUAGAGCGAAACAAGAGCAUGCUUCACUUCUUGAGGACUUUAGAGAAUUUGAUCGGACUAGGUUAGACUUAGAAGAUGGGGAUGGCUCUACGGAACAAGCCUUGCUCAAAGAAAACGUGGGAAUCAACCGCAAUGCAGCUCAGAUGGAUGGUGUCAUUUCACAAGCUCAGGCAACACUUGGUACACUCGUGUUUCAGCGCUCAACUUUUGGAGGCAUCAACUCUAAGCUUAGCAAUGUCACCAGCCGUCUACCCACGGUGAACACUAUUCUGUCAGCGAUAAAGAGGAAAAAGUCAAUGGAUACAAUCAUUCUUUCACUAGUUGCGGCUGUAUGCACGUUUCUCAUAUUCAUCUACUGGUUAACCAAGUAAAAAAUUUCAAUUCAUCUCUCUGUUGGGCCACGUCUGGUUUUCCCAUGAUGUUAAUUUGUUAUGUGAUCAUCCAUCGGUGUUCUAGUAAAGAAUCUAAAGAUCAAAAACAUAAAUAUUUUGUGUACAGCAAAACUUCAUUUCCUAUGUUUUGCAGUUUUGACGAGCUUAUACAACCAUCUGUUUCUUUCAUCUGAUACUGGAUUUUUGGCUCUGUAGCAGUGUUGUGGCUUUGAGAAUGAUACAAAUAUUUGAAA